AUGAGUUGGAAUAUUAGGGGUUUGGGUCAUGAUUCAAAGACAAAUGCAAUCCUCAAUGCAAUUUUGAGGAAUAACCCAACUAUUUGUACAAUUCAAGAAUCCAAAACUGAGAGGGUGGAUGAUACUUUAAUUCAUUCUCUUUGGGGGAGUAAUAGAUGUAAUUACGUUUACUUAGCUUCAGAAGGGGCUUCAGGAGGGAUAUUUGUCAUGUGGAAAGAAGGAAUUAUUCACAUGGAAGAUCAUUUUUUAGACUUCAAUGUUAUUCUAUCUGCUGAUGAUAGAAACAUCCCUGGUGGUGCUAUGGGAAAUAGAAUAUCUUUUAGAGCUUUUGUUAACAUAUUCUCCUUAAUUGAUUUACCAAUGGAUGGAGGGAGAUUCACCUGGAAGAAUUCUCAACAAAAUCCUUUGCUUAUCAGGUUAGAUAGGUUUCUCUUAUCUCCAGAUUUUAAUGAGCACUGCCCUGCACCUAUCCUGAUGAGACUUAGGAGACCAAUUUCAGACCACACUCCUAUUUUAUUAUGUUGUAAUUCAGGUGACAAGAUUAAAUCCCCAUUUAGGUUGGAUAACUUCAUACUUAUUCAUCCUGAAUUUCUCAAUAAACUCAAGAUUUGGUGGGAUUCUCUAGUUUUUACUGGAAAACCUAGUUUCAUUUUUUCUAAGAAACUUCAGGCUGUGAAACCAUUCAUUAAAGCUUGGCAAAGAUCUACUUUUGGCAACCUUCAUUCUCAGCUGGAUAAUCUAGAGCUUACUAUUGAUGUGCUGGAUUCGCUUGAAGAAGUCAUGGGUCUUUAUGAUGAGGAGAUUGUGGAAAGAGAACAAGCCAAACAACAACAUUCUUCUAUUGCAAUGAAUAUAACUAGAAAAGCAAAUCAUAGAGCAAAAGAAAAAUGGGCUAAAGAGGGGGAAAUCAAUUCUGCUUAUCUGCAUCAGUUAGCUAGUUUUAAAUAUAAAUGCAACAACAUUUCUUGUCUUUCAGUGGAUAGUGCUCUAACUUAUGAUAAGCAGCAGAUUGCUGCAGAAGCAAAAAACUUUUACUCCUCUUUAUUCUCUGAGAAUCAUAAGAUGAGACCAGAUUGUGAUAAACUUAUGAUGCCUGCAAUCUCAGUUGGAUAUAGUAUUAAUCUGGAGAAGCCAUUUUCUGAAGAAGAGGUUCAUUCUGUUAUCAAGCAUUUUGGAGCCAACAAAAGUCCAGGUCCAGAUGGAUUCACUAUGGAAUUCUACAAAUUUGCUUGGAAUGUGAUUAAAAGGGACUUAAUGUUGAUGGUGAAGGAAAUUGAGGAUUCUUGUAUGUUGGAUUGGAGGAUUAAUUGCACUAAUUUAACUCUCAUACCCCAGUGCAAUGGAGCUGUAUCUCUGCAUAACUUUAGACCCAUCAGUCUAAUUGGGAGGCAGAUUCAAGAUAACAUUCUUAUUGCUUCUGAACUUAUUGACUCUAAAUUGAGACAACAUGAAACAGGUUUAAUUUGCAAAGUUGAUUUUGAAAAAGCAUUUGAUAAUGUGAAUUGGAGUUGUGUGGAUAUUACUCUUGCCAGGUUUGGUUUUGGAAUGAAGUGGAGAGCAUGGAUUAAAUGGUGCAUUUCUACACCCAGAUUUGAUGUUUUAUUAAAAGGAGAAGCUACUGAUAUGUUUAAGGGUAAAAAAGGUAUAAGACAGGGUGAUCCAAUAUCACCUUUCUUAUUUAUUUUAGUAGCUGAGGUGCUCUCAUUAUUGAUCAAAAAAGCAGCAGAUGAAGGUCUUAUUGCUGGUUUCUCUGUCUCUCAACAAGGUACUCUAAUAACUCAUCUUCAAUUUGUUGAUGACUUGAUUGUUUCUUCCAAUGAUGAGGAAUCUCAAGUUCAAAAUCAUAAAAAUAUUUUACUAGGUUUUGAGAUCAUUUCUGGUCUUAAGGUAAAUUAUAGGAAGAGUACUAUUGUGGGCUUAGGCCAAGCACAUAAUGCAGAAAGUUGUGAUGACAUUUUUGGUUGUUCUGCGCCUCAACUCCCAAUGAAUUACUUGGGUAUUCCACUUGGUAAAAUUGAGAGAAUCAUGAGGAAUUUCCUUUGGGGAUCAAAUUCUUCUAUUAAAAAGAGGAGUUGGUUUUCUUGGUCUAGAACUGCUUUGCCAAAAAAUAGCGGAGGUAUUGGUAUAAAGAAACUUCAGUUGAUGAAUAAGGCAUUACACUCUAAAUGGAUUUGGAGAUAUGGCUCAGAGAAAUAUGCCCUGUGGAGGAGAAUUGUAAAUCUAAAGUUUGGAGGUGUAGUAAAUGCUUUUCUACCUUCACUGACAAAAAACUCUAUAUGUCACAGUAUGUGGUCUGGAAUUCUGAAGUUUAGAGAUUUUGUUAAAGAUGGUCCUGUCUUGAAUACUAGUGCUGGUGUGUCUAUGUAUUUCUGGGAUGAUGUAUGGAUUUGGGAAUUCCCUCUGAAACAACAAUUUCCCUCCCUAUUUCAGAUAGCAAGACAAAAAAAUGCUUUGGUUAUUGAUCUGAUUUCAAAUGAAGGUGCUUGGAUUUUAAGCUUCACUAGAAAUUUGAAUGAUCAAGAGAUGUUGGAAGUGGCUAAUCUUCUACAGAUUAUUGAUGACCCUUCUCGACUUGCGAAUGAGGAUUCAAGACAUUGGUGCUAUGGAGAAGAUUUUUCUGUGGCUAAUGCUUAUGAUGCUCUUGAAAUUGGUGGUUUGUUGACUUUCCCAGAUAAAAAAUUGUGGAAUUCUAAUUUGCCAUUAAAGGUCUCAUUUCUCUUCUGGACAUUGUGCUUUAGUGGUGCUCCCACUUUUGAUUAUUUAUACUCUGCAGGGCUUGUGCAAGAUCCAAAGUGCACUUUCUGUGAUGAUUGUGUGGAGACAAAUGAACACUUAUUUCUUCAUUGUAAGUUUGUAUUUGAUAUCUGGUCUUACUUUCUCAAAAGUUUUGAUAUCAAUUGGGUUCUUUCUAGAAAUGUGCAAUCCAAUCUAUGGGAAUGGGGAGAUAAAUGUCGGAGGAGAACUCGAAACAGAAAAAAAAAGAUAUGGAGUAUACUGCCUUUUGCUAUUUGGUGGUGUGUCUGGAAUGAAAGGAAUGCUAGAGUUCAUAAUAAUGUGAAGAAGGAUUUGGAUCAAAUGAUUACGGAUGUAAAAUGUUUGAUGUUUAAUCGGGGCUUGAAGUCGCAAUUAUUUUCUGGUUUUCAGUUGAGCACUUUGCUGUGUAAUUGGAAUGCUGUGAUGCAUUAG